GGUGACAGCCGGGAGCUCGAGCGAUACAGGAAGAAAGCCCAAGCCUGCCCUGACUCGGAUCACUUCCACACCGAUUGACUGCGAUUAAGGAUCAAAAUCACUGCUUGAUUAAUCUAGCAGGUAAGGACGCUCCCGUUCCCCUCCGACACGGUAUGGCAGAGCUGGCGAGUCUGGUGCAGCGGUUGGAGGUCGCAGUGGGUCGCCUGGAGGCGGCGUCGGGCAGCGCCGGGGGUCCGUCGCCCCCCGCUGGAGGAGGAGCCAUGUCUGCGUACGUGGGGGCCUACGAUGACAUCCUCAGCGGCCCCGUGGCCCAGUACAUGGCCCUCAGCAAGCAGAUCGGGGGGGACGUCCUGAAACACGCGGACAUGAUGAAGCAGGCGUUCUCCUGCCAGCGACAGCUCCUGGCCACCGCCUCCGGAUCACAGAAGCCCGCCGAUGCGGUGCUGGCGGCCAUGCUGCAGCCCGUCUCCAAGGUGAUCGAGGGGGUGCAGAGCCUGCGGGAGCGGAGCCGCUCCUCGCCCCACUUCAACCACCUGUCCUCCGUCAGCGAGAGCGUGCCCGCCCUCGGAUGGGUCGCCGUGGCUCCUAAGCCCGGGCCCUUCGUCAAGGAGAUGCAGGACUCCGCCAUGUUCUACACCAACCGCGUGCUCAAGGACUACAAGGAGAAGGACAAGACCCACGUGGACUGGGUGAAGGCCUACCUGUCCAUCUGGACGGAGAUGCAGAACUACAUCAAGACGCACCACACCACAGGCCUCGCCUGGAGCAAGACAGGACCCGUGGCCUCAGCCUGCGCCGCCCCCCCCAUGGCCCCCGGCGGGUGUGCCCCUCCCCCCCCUCCCCCCGGACCCCCUCCCCCACCCAUGGCUGAGCCGUCCCAGGGCGGCGGGGGCGGUGCCGCCAAGACCCGCAACGCUCUGUUUGCCGCCAUCAACAAGGGCGCUGACGUCACCACCGGCCUGAAGCACGUCUCCGACACGGAGAAGACCCACAAGAACCCGGGCCUGAGAGUCCAGGCCCCCGUGCGCACGGGCCCCAAGCCCUUCUCCGCCAGCCCGGCCGCCGCCGCCCCCGUCAGCCGCAAGCUGCCCCCCGUCUUCGAGCUGGACGGCAAGAAGUGGAAAGUGGAGAACCAGGCGGGCGUGCCUGGUCUGGUGAUCAGCGAGACGGAGCUGAAGCAGGUGGUGUACACCUACAAGUGCAGCAACACCACCCUGACGGUGAAGGGCAAGAUCAACUCCAUCACCCUUGACAACUGCCACAAGCUGGGCCUGGUGUUCGACGACGUGGUGGGCAUCGUGGAGGUCAUCAACUGCCGGGACGUCAAGGUCCAGGUGUUGGGUAAGAUCCCCACCAUCUCCAUCAACAAGACGGACGGCUGCCACGUUUACCUGAGCAAGGACUCGCUGGCCUGUGAGAUCAUCAGCGCCAAGAGCUCCGAGAUGAACAUCCUGGUGCCCGACGCCGACGGAGAGUUUACGGAGCUUCCCGUUCCCGAGCAGUUCAAGACCGUCUGGGAUGGCAAGAAGCUCGUCACCACAAACACCGAGAUCGCUGGAUAGACGCAAACGCACACAAAUACACAACCACAAACGCACACACACCCCGAUCCCAUCAACAACAACCCUACCUUUUUUUAGUUUUUUCGUAAAUCGCAAAAGUGUAUCAAAUCUCCGAUCACAUCCGCUAACAUUUCCGCUGACCGAAAUUCGGACAUUCCCCGCAAUCCUCCCCCUUUGUGUAUCAGCCAAUCAACACCAAAGCUGUUCCUUCCAUCAGCCAAUGAGAGGACUGCUUGUCUCUUUAUUUUUUUUCUUGUUUUCUGGAGCGUUCCUCCAGCCAAACGCAGGGAGCAGCUUGUCGUUCUAAUUGGUUGUUCAACUGAGUUCUAAAAGAGUUUGGCCAAUCACAGAAGAGGCUGGUGUCAUAAUUCACUCCAGUGGGGGUGUGGCCACUGCUUUGCAUAACGUAAUCCGUAAGGCAGCCAACGUCCCCUAAAGGAUCACGAUCACUCACAGCUUUUUGGUCCUCACCUUGCAGUAGCCAAUAAGGUGACAGGACCGCGAUGCCGUAGCCAAUUAGACGAUCAGACCGCAACGCUGUAGCCAAUCAUGUUUCUUCUUCUAGUCGGCCGUGGGCAGAUCUUCCUGCGCCAUUUUAUGCAAUGCUGUGUUGAAGUACAUGCCACCCCCCCCCCCC